GUAAUCUGACGGUUUACAGUUUUCCAAACAAUUUUCAGUUUUUUUUUGCAAUUCAGUCGGUAAGUAUUUGUAAAAUAGUCUUUAUGAAUUGUUCCUAACAUCCAUAAAAUAAUGAAAAAAAUCUAUAAAUUUUGUUCGAAGGCAGAUUUUGUUGUUUGUUGUUUUUACUGUAGUAGGUACAUACAUUCACAUAACGUAUUUUCAAUUGGGAGUUGAAAAUUCAAUUCUGGCCUUGAAAAAAAAACAAUCCAAGCGGAGAUUUUCAGAAAAGUAUUGACAAAUCCAUAACUCGAAAUAUAUUUUUUAUUUUUUUCAAGUUAUAAUUUGGAGCACCUUGUACAUGUAACAUAUCGGAGUAUACCAUGCUUUUUUUAUAACGUAAAAGAACCUGGUAGGAUUCUGAAAAAAACACUUGGAAAUUAAUAUUCUAACUAGUUUGGAAAUUCACUUCAGACAAGUGAGAACAGAUUGAAAAAUGAGGGCGGUUAAACAAAUGAGAGCGGGUUAACAGUACUCCAAUAAGACAUAACAUCGAAGACAGCAUUGAGAUUGGCGAGCAGAAUAUCGACAUGUAGUGAGUUUCCUCCAGUAUAAGCUGAAGUUGUGCACGUAAUAGUGAUUGGAUGUCCGGAAAAUAUCCUACUGUGAUGUCAUUUGUCUGAGAUACACUGAUUUGUAGUUAGAAACCACAAUCAAAUUUUAUUAGUUAAUCAGUAAUUAUUAGUUAAUUAGUGUCAAGAGUGCUAGUAUAAUGCAGGAGAAAUCUACUCUUUCCAUGUUCCAAGGAACUUGUCCACAGCUUAUUGCAGUACUGGCUGGAACACUUGGUACGAUUUCCGAUGGAAUGAAUUAUGGUUGGAGUGCUCCUGCAAUUCAGAUCUUGAAAGGCGAAAACUCUCCAGUUGAACUGGGACCAAACGAUUUCCUGUUGUUAGAAACUAUUUACAUAAUUGGCGGGCUCGUGGCGUUACCGAUCACAAUUUUUGCUGUAGAUCAAAUAGGGAGGAAAAGACCAAUUUUGAUUUCGGCAGUAAUUUCCUUGAUUUCUUGGUUACUUAUAGGAUUAGCAAAUAGGGUUGAAUAUCUCUACGUUGCCAGGUUUAUGGUGGGAUUAUCUGGGGAUGUCGCGUUCGUGGCAGCUCCCAUGUACAUCGCUGAAAUAGCCGAUAAGAAAAUCAGAGGUUUUCUUGCCGGUAUAAUUUACGUGAUGUUGCUUGUUGGUAUUUUGAUCAUCUAUGCUAUUACUCCAUACGUACAGUUCUAUGUUCCAUCCAUCAUUGGAAUAAUACUGGUUUCAAUUCAGUUGAUUACAUUUCCUUUCAUGCCGGAUUCUCCCUAUUACCUACUAUCCAAAGAGAAUCCCGAAAAGGCGAAACUUCAUCUUCAGAGACUACGGGGUACAGAAAAUGUUGAAGCAGAACUUAAAGACAUAACUGCUGCUGUCAAAAGGCAACAAACGGAAAAAGGGAGACCUCAGGACCUGGUUCUGUCGAAAAGCAAUAGAAAAGCUGUUCUGAUCAUGUUUGUAUUGAACGGUGCACAGCAUUUGAGCAGUAUAAGUGUGAUAUUGAUGAACUUACAUGAAAUUCUUUCAGCAGCUGAUUCAAUUUAUAUGAGCUCCGAAAUAGCUGGUAUUUUAUUUGCAGUAAUGAUGCUGAUGUCAGCAACUAUUGCUGAUUUCGUUAUCGACAAAUUUGGUCGUAAACCUCUCCUCAUAACUUCAUGUUUAUUAACAGGUUGCUCUUUAUUAGUUUUGGCGAUAUUCUUCUCGUUGAAGAAAAGUGGUAUGAAUGUCGAUGACGUCUCUUGGAUUCCAUUAGUAUCUGUCAUGGUUUAUGCUGUAGUAUUCAAAUUU